GCGCUAACAGCGGAUGUCCCUGGUGAGGACUCAGGGCAAAGUCUCAUUCCCCCACAGCCGCGCUGCCAGCUCGCCUCCCCUCACUUUGCCAGGAGCCUGCCCUGGACUCUGGAAGGACACCGGGCUGGGGUCCACCUCCUUUCCCGGGCUGGAGGGGUACUGCCCUUCCCCAGGGGGCCUUCUGAAUGGGGCAGGAACUCUUCUCGUGUGUUCAGCUGGGUCUGGAGGCCAAGUCAAGGUGUGUCACACCACACACCAGGGCAAGGCGCUCAUCUCCAGGGAACAGGGACAGGUGAGCAGCUACCAGAAAGUCCCCAGGCAGCCUGCAGUUCCCCGGAGCCUGCAGUUCCCCGGAGCCUGGCUGGUCCUGCAGAGCACUUCUCCCCUGGGCCACCUGGACCAAAGCGACCUAAAAACUUGAAGCUAAAAGCAAGUGCAGAUGAUGGGAUGGGCUGGCACGUGGCUGGGAGGGUUCCUGGGCACCACAGAGCCCUCAGCCCAGCAGAGAGUGGAGGCUGAGUCCGUGGGAAGCGGGACUUGUGAAGGAGACAUGGCCAAGCCCCUGGUCGGGGAGACAGGCUCCCCCAUGCCCGGGCCAGCCCCAGAGGCAACAAGCCAACAUGAGGAGGGGUGGCAGGUGAGGCUGACGGGUGGGUGCCUGUGGCCCAGGCCUAUGAGGGCAAUGGUCCUCAGUAACCAACGGAAAG